AUGAAUCGCACUAGAUCAAGAUCCAGGGUUCGAAGGGCAGCAACAGUAGACGUUGACGAUCCUAACAAUUGGACAAUUGAUAAAUUGAAAAAUGAACUAAAACUGUGCGGCAUCGAUAUUUACCAUUCUAUUCCCCACAAAAUACUAGUGAAACUAUGGUUAGAUAACAAAGGCAAGAAAGAGAUAGGCACCGAUGGGGAAACAGUAUAUAUUGACUCUGCUCAAAAGAGACCAAGCGCAGUAAGGAAUGAGGAUGAAAACAUAGCUCAAUGUACCUCCAAUAUAACGGAACGAAUUGACGAACUAUCCGCUUCAGCCUUCGCUGAAACAUCUGUACCCCAUGGAGGGGCCUUUCCUUACACCAAUGUAAAUGCGCAUGCGCCAACGGAACCAGCAAGUAUCAAAGUUCCGGAGAGAAACGUAAACAGUGAGAAUUCUGUGUUGAUGGCGACAGCGUUCGCCUUACAGGAGACAGUGAAAUUGAUACAACAGACGCAUAAAGAUAAAGAAGAAGAAGACUAUUCAUUACGCAAAUUUUAUGAAAACCGAAGUAGUGCACAGUUCGCAGCUGGAUCUCCAGACAAAGUAGCGGCUACCCAAUUACACCCGAAUUUGUUCAAAAGUACCAUGAAAGAAACGAGUGCGAGUGGCGUCCCUUCUGCGGACUUACAGCACGUGAUGGCAGUAUCACCUACAAUCCGGAAAGAAAUCAUUUCGGUUUCAGCGAUUUCGCAAUCUAGCUCCAAAUGCAGACAUGAAUCCAACCAAGUGUCCCCCGUUACACCAAGUUUUAUGGGACUUCAAACCGUAGUGAGUGAACUUUGGGACAGAGCUACUGGUGACAAGACCAGACGUCAAUACCAGAUUGGCUUCCAGAGUUUCCUAAGAUUUGUAUCGUUGAUGAACUUAAACUCAAGUAAUGGCUUGCCGAUUGUUAGUGAGAAAGUGUUUAUACAAUAUGUUAGUUAUUGUUAUUCUGAGCUGCAACUAAGUUAUUCUACUAUCAAACUUUAUUUAAGUGGUAUACGAUACAUGUACCUUCGAAUAGGUGGUUUUAACCCCCUAGAAAGCUAUGGGAAACCAUUACAAGGUCUACAAACCAUUUUGUCAGGCAUAAAGAAAUCACAAUGUAAUAGAGACAAAAGAAUACGCUUGCCUAUUACCAUAGAUAUUUUAACAAAAAUGUAUAUGUUACUUGAUCAAGGAAUUUUUGAUGUUUUUACAGAUAGCAUGCUUAAAUCUGUUUGUACUUUAGCUUUCUUUGGUUUUUUAAGAUGUGGGGAAUUUACCAUUGAUGAGAAAUUUGAUGCAACUAAUAAUAUAUGUAUUGACGAUUUAACACUUUUUGAAGAUCAUUUGGUUUUGACUCUUAAAAGAUCUAAGACAGACCCUUUUGGGAAUGGUAUUUCCAUUCCAAUUUUCGCAAAUCAAACUAUUACAUGUCCAAUCCAAUACAGCAGCAAGCGAUGA